AGUGUGUGUGUGUGUGUGUUGUGCGACCCUCGAGGUUGUGUGAUAGUUGUAAUAGUUGUCGGAUUAAUUAAUCCCGGUCCUGCUCCACUUGCCAAAUCUGUAAUGCUGUGCAAAAACAAGUUAAACCUUUUCCUCCAGUGCUAUUCACCCAAACACUGCCUCACUAUGUCACCUUUCCAGUGCCACAACCUGAACAUCAGCUGCACCCAACCUUUCAGUGCACAUGUCACCGCGAUCUGCUCCACGAGGACUCAUACUCUCUGCUUUUUUGUUUUCAUUCAUGAUUCUCGUGUCAGUCAUGUGCGCCCGUCACACCCGACUCUUAAUAUGCCGCUGACAGCUGAGUGAACAAUGAGACCUCAGGCUGCCUGAUGCGGCUGAUAUCGGGUGGGAUGUGCGUGUUGAGGCGGUGAGGCCUCCAUGACGUCCUGCCAUGUCAUGUGGUGCAUGGAGCUGAUCACAGAGGAGCAGCUUUGGGCUCCACGUCUGUAAGAGAAGAACAAACGCUGCAGCCUGCAGAAAGUGCAGGUGGCCCGGAAAAUGAAGAAAAGGAACCCUGAGACGGAACAGCUUUAAGAACAUUAAAGGCAGAGGCAGGAGAGCAGAACAGGUCCGCCCGCUCCUCCUCUGCCUUCAUCGAGGACACACCUGCCGGCCUGGGUGGAGCUGAGACAGGUGAGCGCUCCUUAACUGGGAGGGAGAGGAGAGGGGAGAGAGGAGAGAGGAGAGGGGAGAGUGAGGUUGGAAGAGGCAACACUCGGACUACGAUUGAGACAAACACAGCCGAGCAGUCCAUCAAGAUGACGAGCAACAGCCCCAUGAAGAUCAGCAAGAGUCAGGCCACGGACCUGGCUGUGGUGGUUGCUCGCAUGCAGAAGAAUGCAGACCAGGUGGAGAAGAACAUUCUGCAAUCAGAGAAGCUGCUGGCAGUGGACACGGAGCGUGAUGGGAAGAAGCAGACCCUCGUCCACCAGAAGGAGAACGCAGAAAACCUGGCUCAGGCCGAGGGGCUGCUGAAGGACCUCUUCAUGGACGUGGACAAGGCCAAGAGGCUGCAGCACCCGCAGGUCGCCGAGAUCGAGAGAGAUGUGAAAAAUCUCCACGACCGCUGGGUGAAGGACUGUGGCGUCUACAGGGAGCUGUACGCCCAGGUGCCAGUCUUGGAUACCAAACCAAAGAUCGACUGGGGUCCUCUGCUGGAAGACAAACUGAAACGGUUAAAGGCGGACAGAUAUGGUCCCAGCCUGACUGACGUGGAGAAGCAGAUUGCAGCGCACAACAUCCUGCACCAGGAGAUCGAGGCCUACAGCGCCCAGCUGCAGCCCAGCACCACCAGUUCAAAGGAGCAGUAUGACGCCCUCAAAAAGAAACACGCCGAGCUUUACGAGAGCUCCCGGCUGAGGCGCAGCGACCUGGCUUCUCUGUACGAGUACCUGCAGAGCUGCAGCAAGGAGCUGGUCUACCUGUCGGGCCAGCAGGACAGAAUCAUACAGAGAGACUGGACUGACCGCAUGGUCGACCCCCCAGGCGUCCGCAUGGAGUAUGAGAAAUUCAAAAACAACGGCCUCCUAGCACAUGAGACUGAGAUCAACAAGCUGCAGGGGGAAGGAGAUCGUCUUGUUGGGAACAAACACCCUGGCAGCUCAACAAUAAUGGCACACAGAGAUGCUGUGCAGAAUGAGUGGCAAUCCUUCCUCAACUUGUGCCUUGCUCAGGAAACACACUUGGACAACGUUGGAGAGUACAAGAAGUUCCAGCUGGAAGCAGAGACAUUGUCCGAGUCCCUGGAGAGGCUCAACUCCGCUAUGCACCCAAAGUCGCUUGGUGGGAAGAGCAACCCUCAUGUCCUGAUGGCACUGGAGGGUGAUGAACCAGCAAUAAAGAGGAACGAGCAGCGCCUGGCUGCCCUCAGGGAACUCAGCAGCAACGUCGUGCCUCUGAAGUUACGCCGAAUGAAGCCCACCAAAACCACCACUGCUGUGGCCCUGUGUGACUGGGCAGAUGAGGAGGACACAGUGAGGCGUGGUGAGGAGCUAAGCCUGAAGUCCAACUCUGACAAUAAGAACUGGGAGCUUCAGAGCAGCAGUGGGAAGACCAGAACGCUACCUGGGGCCUGUUUCAUGGUGCCUCCACCCGAUGCUGAGGCGCUGGAGAAAGUAAACAGUCUGGACAGAGCGCUGACAGAUCUGAAGAAGCGUAGAUCUGCACUAAUGGCCGCCUUGAAGAACUCCACGGUGGAGGUGGACCGCCCUCAGAAUGUUGCCGCUGUUCAAAGUGUUCCAGACAGUCCCAGAGCUGCUGAGCUAGCCAGUGACCUAGACAAGCUCAACAAGGCCUUGGAACAGAGCGAGAAGGAAGUCCUGACCCGGCUCAGGGCUCCGCUGGACAACCAAAACCCCGCCCAAGACCUGGCAAACAGACUGCAAGAGCACGAGAAAUCUACUCAGACUGUGAGGAAGCUGGAGUCUGAGAAGUCUGCGAUCCAGAGAGAGAUGGAGCCCAUUCUGGCCCAGAAACCCCUGGGCCCCAUUGCCUCCACAAUGCCGCUCAAACUCAGCACUGCCAACAACAAGAUUGAUAACAUCAACACCCUCCUCGAUCUUUAUAGCAAAAAAGCUACGGCCUCCAUGUUCCUAGAGAAGCAGAAGCAGAGUGUGGAAAGCAUCGUCUCUAAGUUUGAAGGCUUGCUUGCUAAAGAUGGCGCCAUUAUGGAUCAACCGAACUCCCUCCAGAGCCGCAACCAGCAGCUGCAGCUUGCAUAUAAGGACGUCGCCUCAAAAAAGGAUGAGUUGAAUAAAUUAGGCAGAGAGUUGGAACUGACAGAGCAAGGGGCCAGAUCCUUGCAGAAGAGGUUCAAUGAGUACUGUCCAGACAUCCGCCGCCAGGAGAACGAGGUGAAACUGCUGAGGAACCGUUACACAAAUGUCAACAAUCAGCUCCAAGAUAGGUCUGCACUCAUAAAGGAAGCAACCAAUAAAAACCAAGAUUUCCAGAAUGCUGCUCAGUCACUAGAUUUCUUCUUGGUAAAUCUUCCCAACAAUGCAAUCAAACCUACAGAUGAUGUGGCGCAGAUAACAGCCAAGCAGAACUCCCAGAUGAAAGUGGUUGCCGACAUCAAGAAAAAAUCGGACGAUUUAGACCGUGUCAAGUACCUUUCCCGAGAUCUGCAGGGUGUUUUGAAUGAGUAUGCUCUUAAGUCAAACACCUACCGUAGCACCCUGAAUGACGACAAUGAUGAUGUCGAUCGUGCUUAUGACUAUGAUGAACCAGUCCUGAAGAAACGUCAAACUUCAACUAUGACUCAGGCUGUACAGAGACAGGAACAACAGCUCCUGAACCUUUUCUCUGAGGUGUCUGCAGAAAACAACCAGCGACUCAGUCAGUUGGGGAUAGCGAAGAACAUGAAAGCCAUGAAUCAAGAGAAAGUCAGUCAAGUAGUGGUCAAUCAGCAGCUGCAGCUACAGAGCCAGAGAAAGGACUUGGAGGAGAGUGAUAGUCUUAAAAGGGAAUUAAAUGAGGAGAUUGACAGGCGCUUACAUGCGGAAAAAGACCUGGAAACAUACCGUAAAAGGUUUGUGUCUCUGAAGAAUAGAAGAGGAGUGCAGCGGUUGGAGGAGAAGGAGGUGGUGCAGUACUACCGUGACCCUAAACUGGAAGAGGAAAUAAAGUCCUUGAAAAGUCAAAUCCAGGAUGAAGCAUCAAAAAGGUCAAGAAACCAUUCAGAGAUUGACAUUAUAAACAUUGAGAUUAUCAAAGUAGAAAAACAGCUGGUGAAUAUCGAGCCGAAACUGGUGACCAAGCAGCUGACUGAAUAUGAGAGAGACCCACAGCUUGACAAAGAAGCCAUCAAGAUGAGAGAUGAAAUGCGCAAGAUAAAACUAGAGCUCCAAACGAGAGAUACGGAGGCCGUUCAGGUAAAAACCGAGCUCACGGUUCUGUCUCAGCAGAAACAAAAAAUCAGGGAGACGGUGGUUAAGAAAGAAGUGGUGAGGCUUGAGAAGGAUCCGGAGAUGGUGAAAGCUGUUCUCACUUUAAAAAAUAAUAUCUCAGAAGAGGAACUCCAGUGUAAGUUGCUAAACGAUAGUGUUUUUAGCACAAGGAGUCAGAUAAACACACUGGAGAGGGUCAUUCCCACAAUCCAACCCAAGAUAAUCACCAAGAUGGUGAAGCAGGUACAGCAAGAUGAAGAACUGGUGGAAGAGUCAAAGAAACUACGAAUAGCCAUAGAGGAGGAGAAGGAGGAGAAUUUGAUCUUGAUGAAGGAGCUGAGCACCUUGCAGCAACGUUACAAUGAGGUGGACAAGCUCAAGGCUAAAGUCGAGAUCAAGGAGAUCAUCAAUGAGAUCUACAGAGUUGAUCCUGAGACAGAAGUUACGCUGAUGCGUCUGAAGAAAGAGCUGCAAGAUUGUUGCCGUAACCGCGCAGACCUGGAGACAGACAUGAAGACACUGAUAGUGACUCUCACCACCCUGCGCGCUCAGAAACCCAAGGUAGAGUACAAAGAGGUGACCCAGGAGGUGAUCAAAGAGGAGAAGAGCCCAGAGGUCACCAGGGAAUUACAAAGGCUGAACAACCAAGUGUCCCGCCUGCUAGUCAACUAUGAAACCACCGUGGAGCUGCUGACCCGCUUACGUAAAGAACGAGACGAGCUGAAAGCUGAGAAAUCCAAGGUGGACAUCCAGCUGGUCAAUAGAGAGCUCAUCAAAUAUGAAAAUGAUCCACUUCUCGAGAAAGAGGCUGACAGACUUCGGAGGAAUGUAAGAGAAGAGAUUCAACAACGUCGCAGUGUGGAGGAGUGUGUCUUUGACCUCCAGAACCAGUACAUUAUCCUUGAAAGGCAGAAGCCAGAGGAAAAGAUUGUCAUGCAGGAAACUGUGCGUCUUCAGAAAGACCCAAAGCAGUUACUGGAGCAUGAUAAGUUGAACAAGAACCUGGAUGAUGAAAUAAAAAGCCGCAGAAAGCUUGAAUUGGAGGUCCGGCAGCUCAGAGCUCUUCUUCAAGAAAAAGAGCACACUGUGGCUCAGAUGGACGAUCGCCAGAAGAAGAUUCAAGUUGAGUCCGAGCUAAGGCAGAUCAAAUCCCGCAUUCUGGAACUGGAAAACUCUCCAUUGCCUGUUGAGGAAAGGAUUGUCGUCGAGGAGGUCCUGAAAGUGGAGAGGGACCCUAAUCUGGAAAAACUCACUGAUGGUCUACGUAUCGACAGGGAGACUGAGAUCAACAAUAUCAGCAGGAUACAGAGAGAAAUACGCAACCUGAGGCUCAAGUUGGAAAUCCUACAAAAGGAGAAGUCAAUUGAGAAAGUUGUUUACAGAGAAGUUGUUCGUGUGGAGAAAGACCCGGCAGUGGAGGCUGAAAGGGAACAUUUUAGAGAGCUCGUAACACAGGAAAGAAAUCUCAGGCGUGACCAGGAGGAUAACGUUCAGAGCCUUCGCCUCAGAAUUACUCACCUGCAGUCAUCACAGUCUGUAACUUCUCACGAGGAGACCGCUCUCAUCGCCAACAGGGAUGCUCUGCAGAGAGAGAAGGAGGAUUUGUUCCGACAGCUCAAAAUGCUGGAGUCUGACAGACAGACCAUCACCAUAUCGUUCCAGCAACAGUCAAAGCUGAUGAGUGAGAGAAACCAAAAUGUACGGCAUAGAGGCCUCCAAAUGUCCAGUGAGAUCCAGCGGCUGGAGAACGAAAUCCUCAAUGAAAAAGACAAUGUACACCAGAGAGAUACACUCAUCAUCGAGCUGCUAGGCACCAUCAAGAAUGAGGAACAGGCUGAGACUCACACCAGGGAGACAAAUCUUUCAACAACCAUCACCAUCAUGGAUCCAGAAACAGGUAGAGACAUGUCUCCCUACGAUGCCUACUUGCAGGGACUAAUUGAUCGCAACCAAUACAUUCACCUCGCAGAGUUAGAGUGCGACUGGGAGGAAAUGACUUCGACUGGUCCAGAUGGGGACACAACGAUUCUGCGGGAUCGUAAAAGUGGGAAGCAGUACUCCGUCAAGGAUGCUCUCAGGGAUGGUCGCUUGACCCAAUACGAUGUGUCGCGCUACAAGGAUGGGAAAAUAUCCAUUUCUGAGUUUGCCCUCCUCACUGCAGGGGAAACCAAAAAGCCCGUCCUCCCUCCAGUAAAAAUCCCAAGAUCACCCACCAGAAGCAGCCCAGCCAGUCCCUUGAACUCCAUGUCCCCCUCCUUGAGGUCCUCUUAUCCCAGCCUCAACAAUCAGCGCAGUGGCAGUUUGAACAACCUCAGUUCUUCAGCAGGUGAUGAGCAUUUCCCUAUCUCUGGCAUUUUCGACACCACCACUGAAAGCCGCAUGUCUGUGCGAAGCGCCGUGACCCGCAAACUCAUUGAUGCCGACACGGCUCUGAGGCUGCUAGAGGCGCAAGCAGCCUCCGGGGGAAUUGUUGAUCUCUCCAAGAAGGACAAACUGUCUGUCCACAAUGCAGCUGAACGCGGUCUCAUCGACUCGAGUGACAUGUACAAGCUUCUGAAUGCCCAGAAAGCUUUCACCGGGGUUGAAGAUCCCAUGACCAAAGACCGUCUCGCAGUGGGACCGGCUGCAAAGAAAGGGUAUAUUCCCCAGGAAAAUGCCAGGAGGUACAUGGAGGCGCAGUACCUGACCGGUGGGUUCGUGAAUCCUUCCCAGGCAGGCCGCCUAACGGUCAAAGAAGCUCUCGCUGCUAAUAUUAUUGACAAAACAACCGCUGAGGAGCUGCAAAAUGAAGCAUCUCACACGAAAGAGCUGGUUGAUCCCAUUACUAAAGAGAAGAUAUCUUACAAGCAGGCGAUGGAUAGGUGUAGGAGAGACGUCAGCACAGGCCUCCUGCUGCUUCCUGCCACCUCUACUGAUGCUGCAACUGCCCCGUCAUACUCAAACUAUCGUCUCAGCUCCUCCCACAACAGAUAUUAGAUGUGAAGUUUAAGAUGGCUUAUUUGCUGCAGCCACUGGUGCUAUGGGGUGUGACAGCGCUAAAUGAUUUACAUAAAUAUAAAAAAUGACCAUUUAUGUCCACACUACAUUUUUGGUGGAUCUGCUUAUUUUCAGUGAUUUUGGCAUUUCUGUAAAACUGAGGGUAAUAUUUGUUUUACAUUGUGUCUUGUUUGUUAGUGCUUAUUAAAGUCAACAAGCCUCACAUUCAUGUUUUCUGUCUUGUUAUAUAUAUUGAAAUAUCAAGGAUUGAAUAGUUGGCCAUGUUAGCAGCAGCUACAGUUUUUGUGAUAGGCUGUAGGCAUUUCCACUCAAAAAUGGUAAUCUUCCAAAACUCCACAUUGGCAUGCCAAUGUUUAACUCAAUACACUGCUGUGUAGCUUGACAGAGCUGCGAGCAUGUUUGUAGACUCUUAGUCUGGCUGUUAGUAUUUAUUUGGGUGUAUACAAUUUAUGACACAUCUUCCCAUUUGGAACCACUUGCUCCAAAACACAGUGAACUAUCUCCGGUAUCUAGUAUUAAUGUGCGAUGCUCGGAAACCCCUGCGAGUCAUGUGCUUGGAAAAGAUGGAUUAAGGAUACAGAUUAAAUAUGACUCAAGUAUGUAAUGUGUUAUGGUGAACAAGGUCAAACCUUCAGUUGCGUGUACUUUUGGGGAUAAUAAAAGCCUUGGAAAUGCAUACGACCGG